AUGGCCACAGAGACUGAAACAUCAUCUUCAACAGUGAACCAUGUUGACGUUUUUUGGCAUGAAGGGAUGCUCAAACAUGACACGGGAAAUGGAGUGUUUGACACAGGAAUGGACCCAGGCUUCUUGGACGUGUUGGAGAGACAUCCUGAAAACUCAGAUAGGGUUAGGAACAUGGUCUCUAUCCUCAAAAGAGGUCCUAUCUCCUCUUACAUUUCUUGGAACCUUGGUAGACCUGCUCUUAUCCCUGAGCUUCUUUCUUUUCACACUCCUGAAUAUGUAAAUGAACUUGUGGAAGCUGAUAAAGAAGGUGGGAAGAUGCUUUGUGCUGGAACAUUCUUGAACCCUGGAUCAUGGGAUGCUGCACUUCUUGCUGCUGGGACUACACUGUCUUCAAUGCAGCAUUUAUUGGAUGGGCAUGGAAAAGUUGCUUAUGCCUUGGUUAGGCCUCCUGGUCACCAUGCUCAACCUUCUCAGGCUGAUGGGUACUGUUUCCUUAACAAUGCUGGUCUAGCAGUACAAUUGGCUUUAGAUUCUGGGUUUAAGAAGGUUGCAGUUAUAGAUAUUGAUGUUCAUUAUGGAAAUGGCACAGCAGAGGGAUUUUAUCGAUCUGAUAAAGUUCUUACCAUCUCUCUUCAUAUGAACCAUGGAUCAUGGGGUCCAUCUCAUCCGCAGAGUGGAUCUAUUGAUGAGCUUGGUGAAGGAGAAGGAUAUGGGUACAACUUAAACAUACCUCUACCAAACGGAACUGGGGACAAUGGAUAUAUUUAUGCCUUCAAAGAGUUGAUCGUUCCAUCAAUCCAAAAUUUUGAGCCUGAUAUAAUAGUUUUCGUUAUUGGACAAGACUCAAGUGCAUUUGAUCCAAACGGAAGGCAAUGCUUAACAAUGGAGGGCUAUAGAGAAAUUGGGCGGAUAGUUCAUGGUCUUGCGACAAAGCACAGUGAUGGACGCCUUCUCAUUGUCCAGGAAGGUGGAUAUCAUGUCACAUAUUCAGCAUAUUGUUUACAUGCAACACUUGAAGGUGUUUUAAACCUACCAUUGCCUCUGCUACUAGAUCCUAUUGCUUAUUACCCAGAGGACGAGACAUUUCCUAUCAAAGUUGUAGAAGCCAUUAAACAAUUUCAAAAAGAUAAAGUGCCCUUGUGGAGAACAGCUUAACUUUUUGACAUACUUCCUCCAAAACAUUAUGUCAAUGUUUGAACCUUCAAUAGUUAUAGAAAAUGAGCU